AUGGAGCCGCUCAUCGUGCGCGUGAAGAGCGCUUUGCAUGAUCGCCCACGUCCGACGCUCUUCGGUCGCGCGCUCUUAUUGCUGUCUAUCGAGCUCCUAGUGAACGGCGCGUUGUGGGCUAUUGCCGGAGUAAUCUUUGCGCGAGAUCCCGCUACGCGUCCGGUACUUGGACUCGCAUUACUGGCCUGGACGAUCGGCCUGAGGCAUGCACUCGACGCGGACCAUAUCAGCGCAAUCGACAACGCCACGCGAGGACUAAUCAGUCUAGGCCAGUUACCGGUCACUUGCGGGUUAUUCUUCUCCCUCGGGCAUUCGACCAUUGUGAUCAUAGUAAAUGUUGCGAUCGCCAUCAGCACGGACAUCGCAGGCAAGCUGGAUUCCGCCAGCGACAUCGGCGGGAUCAUCGGCGCCUCUGUUAGCGCCUCUUUCUUGUUCAUCGUUGGCCUCGCCAACUCGAUCAUCCUCUAUAAAACGCUCCGCCGACGUCGAGAAAGCGCUCGAACAGAACGAGCAGGCAUCGACGAAGACGACGAACCACACGCCAACACCAUCACCAUGAAGAUUCUUGGGCCUAUAGUCCGCUUCGUGAACAAGCCUUGGAAGAUGUAUCCUGUCGGUGUGCUGUUCGGGCUUGGCUUUGAUACCGCAUCAUCCAUUGCACUCCUUGCGGCUUCAGCCGUAGCAAAACGAGACGCCAAUGGCAACCCGCUCCCGUCGGGCUACAUUGUCAUACUGCCCCUUCUAUUCACCGCGGGAAUGACACUCAUCGACAGCCUCGACAGCGUGCUCAUGCUUUACUCGUAUGCAGGCUUCCCGAGCGACGGCUGGCGCCUGCUUGAACCACGUGCAAUAGCUGAAGCACGACGCGAGGUUGCCACAGAGGCCGCGCGAGAGGAUAUCGCGCGCAGGAAUGAGCUUGCGGGCGCAGAUGUUCCAGGCGAAAAGGCCGCUGACCCGGAGAAGACUGCAGGCGUCUUGGUUGCAAUAGAGGAGAGCACCGAUCGCGAUCUUCGUGUCAAGCGCCACCUCAUGUCUAACUUGAGUAUCAUCCUGACAUCUAUGAGCAUCGUGGUCGCCUUCUGUAUCUCGCUGAUCACAAUUAUGGGUCUAAUCGGCGAUAACUGUGACUCAUGCACACAUGCAGCAGAGGCUGAAGAUGGAGGAGGGCUCGCGGGACGCUGGUGGCGUUUCUGGGGCGUCGUGAACGAUAACUCCGGCUACAUCGGCGCAGGAAUCGUUGGUUCAUUCGUCUUGGUCACCGCGAGCUGGUACGGUGGGCGAUGGCUUGUGAAACGGAUCCCUCGCAGCAGAUAG